AUGGCUGAGUCCUUUUCUGUCACCUUUGUUGCGCCUGACGGCAGCGAGCGAGUGCUUGGAGUGCCGGAGGACGAGUACAUCCUCGACCGGGCUGAGGAGAAGGGCAUCGAGCUGCCCUACUCCUGCCGCGCCGGAGCGUGCUGCGAGUGCAUCGGCAAGGUGAUCGAGGGUGACGUCGACAAUUCGGACGCAGCCUUUUUGGACGAGGAUCAGCUGGAAGAAGGCUGGCGCCUGCUCUGCACGGCAUACGCCACGACCGAUGCCAAAGUCUUGACCCACCAGAAAGAGGAGUUUCUCGGCCUUUAG